AAAAGAGGCGUUGGAGUAACGUAAGAUAAAUCGAAAAUACAAGAAACAAAGGAGAGAGAGACGAAGAUCGGUAGAGGGAGAGAGAGAGAGAUCUAAACCAACAUACCCAAAAUCGACAACCCGGCUCUCCCUCUCCGACUAGAUCGGACCCUCUAUCUGCAAAUCAAUCAAUCCAAUCAGGGUUUAUGCUUAUGUAAUCAACAUCCUUUGCAUGAUUUCAAAUUCUACACAAAACCCCAUUUCCGAUUAUCCGUAUUUGGUCACCCCUUUUCAGAUUGUGAUCUCGAUUGAAUGGCUUCGGAUAAUUCCACCGUUUCAUCGAAGAAGCAACAGCAAUUGGAAGCUGGCAAGAAGCGGCUAGAGGAGUUUCGUAAAAAGAAAGCAGCAGCCAAAAAAGCCGCAGCUAGUAAUUCUGCCCAUUCUGCUAACGGUGACCUACAGGAGACAAAACCGACAGUGUCCGAUUCCGUUCAGGCGAUAACAGACGCUUCAUCUGAUUCCGGUUCAGGUUUUCAAGUUGGAAAAAAUGAAAAGAAAACAAUAAACGUUGUUGAAGCCGAACCCGACGUUAACCCUAUAAGCGAUUUCAGUAAACCUUCAACUGACGGAAAGUUGGAUCAUAAAGCACCUUAUGAACUGGAUCCCGAAAAAAAUAAAGCGUUUAAUCACCCAGAAGAGAAUAUAUAUAGCAGUUAUAAUCAUUUUAGGAAUAUAAGGCAGGAAGACUCCUUUAAAAGUAGUAGAGAUGAACGUUUAAAGGAUUUUACCGAUGCAACUCGUGUAACCGCUCAAGUUUCAGUUGCUAAGACUUCUCCCGAGAGAUCAAACGGUUCUUCGUUUGCUAACAACUUUAGUUAUGGUAAUCAUCAACCAGCUAAUGUCCCGGCAUAUAGAGAUCCAUCUCCUGAAGCUCGGAAACCUAUACAAGACGUGUCGGAGAAUCGUUAUCCUCCAAUUUCGUCAGCGGAUAAUAAGAACCUAUUUCAUCAUCAAGCCAAUGAAACUAGCUCAUCGUUAUGGUCAUCUGAAUCUAUAUCUACAAACAGCAGAUCUGAAGCUAUACCCUCAUACAAUCAGGCGUCUAUGUCACCAGGCUUAGCUGGCAGACGAUCCCGUCCGUCUUUCCUUGAUUUGAUCAACGUGUCUAAAAACGCAGAGACGGAUAAAGAUAAAGACAACCCGUUUAGCUCAAAAGUUCACCCUGUGGAUGCUCGUGUUACAUCUGAUUCUCAAAAUUCCGUAUUUAGGCAGGGUAUCGGUGAGUUUGAAAUGGAAAAAAAGAACGGUUUUGAUUCUACAAAACAAAAUGAAGAUUUUGCUGCUUUGGAACAGCAUAUUGAAGAUCUUACGCAAGAAAAGUUCUCUUUGCAACGAGCGCUUGAGGCUUCGCGAGUUCUAGCCGAGUCUUUAGCCACCGAAAACUCAGCACUAACCGACAGUUAUAACCAGCAGGGAGGUCUUGUCAACCAGUUAAAGGCCGAUAUAGAAAGCUUGCAGGACGAAAUUAAUGCUCAGCUGGUAGAACUUCAGGCUGUGAGGACCGAGUAUGGAAACGCCCAGUUAGAAUGUAGUGCAGCCGAUGAACGUGCUAAGUUACUCGCUUCUGAGGUUAUUGGAUUAGAGGAGAAGGCACUCAGACUGAGGUCUAAUGAACUGAAACUGGAGCGACAAUUGGAAAAUUUGGAAGCUGAAAUGUCGUCACAGAAGAGAAAAAUAUCCACCCUGGAGAAGGAUCGCCAAGAUCUACAGUCGACUAUUCACGCUCUACAAGAAGAGAAAAAACUCAUGCAAUCUAAGCUAUGGAAUGCUCCUCCAAUUAGCGGGAAUUCGGUGGAUAUUAAGAAGAGUCAAACUGCUAGAAAAGAAGCAUCAACGUCUACCGAUGAUCUCGAUGAGAGUGAAGACGCAUUAGCUGCUCCCACAAACCUUGCAACACAAGCUACUCUUGGUGAAAGCGACGCUUUCUUGCCGUCACUAAGUAGGAAUCUUGGUCUUGAAGUUUCAUCUUCAAGUAUACCUCCAGAUCAGAUGAAUACGAUUCAAAAUAUCAACACGCUUAUUUCAGAGUUAGCGUUGGAAAAAGAAGAACUAGUGAAAGCUUUGUCAACUGAAUCAUCGUUAAGUUCCAAGUUGAAGGAUUUGAACAAGGAACUAUCACAUAAACUUGAAGUUCAAACACAAAGAUUAGAGUUGUUGACUUCUCAGAGUAUGGUGAGUGAUAAUAUCCCGCAAAGAAAGCCUGUUCCUCGUAACGCGGUUGAUAAUACGCCCUAUGCUGACGAAGGUGACGAGGUCGUGGAAAGAGUUCUAGGAUGGAUAAUGAAGCUAUUUCCCGGAGGGCCAUCAAAGAGACAAACGAAACAUCUUUGAAAAAGUUGUUACCGAAGUUUCACAUGUCACGGUCCCCGAGGUGCGAUUUCAUCUCCUGGCAGAAAAAGUGUUUCCAUGUUUUUUUAUGGAUGUGGGAAUGCAAAGAGAAUAUACUGGGUUGAAGAGAACACUGUAAAAUCAAUGCUUUUAUAAUUUUUUUAAUCUUUUUUUUAUUUUAUACUUAAAGGUAUGAAUAUCCUUUUUCUUUGAGUUACACAGGUGAUCUUUGUAUGUUAUGCUCACAAUGUUCAUAAUGUAUUAUUGUGAGCGAUGAUUUAGUAUGGUUUUUUAAGGAUUGUCA